AUUGAAUUAAUAUGCUUCUUUUUUAUGAUUAUUAGAGUAAUACAAAUUAAUAAUGAUUAUAAUUUUUUUAAACUUUUUAGUAAUUCAAGAUAUUUAUGUGAGAAUAGUUCUGUUAAUGAAAUAUUGAAUAAUUCAGACUUUUAUAACAUCUCGAUAAAAGAUAAUAGUAAAAGCUAUAAUUAUUCGGUGAACAUUAAUGGUGAAAAUAAAUUAAAUAAAGAAAUAAAUAAUACUAAAAAAUAUGAAAAUAAUUUAUCUUAUAAUAAUAAUUUCGAGAAAUUUAAUUAUGAUUUGAAUGUAAGUCAAUUAUCCAAAAGAGAUGAAAUAUUUUAUAAUCAACAUUAUUUUAAAGAAAUUAUUAAUGAAAAUGUAUAUUUUUUGUUAGAGAAUUCAUAUGAAUUGACGCCAAAUAAUAAUUCUAUUUAUAAUUGAAAAUUAUGGGUAAGUUGUUUAAAUAAAUAUUUGGAUCAUUCGAAAUUAUUUGAUAUAAAUGGUGAAAAUUAUAAUAUAUGGAAAUUAACACAUUUUUCAUUAUGUUUUUAUUGUGAUAAAAAAGAGAAAAUUCAGAAUGUGUUUGAAACUACAAUAUCAUAUAAUAAUAUAAAUAAAAAAAGUGAAUUAAAAUUAUUUAUAAAAAAGAUACGGAUAGAUAUAUGGUUGAAACAAUUUGAAAUGAUGCAAAUAUAUAAUGGUGAAUUUAUAGAAAAUGGUGAAAAUUUUUUUAUGAAAGCAAUUGUAUCAUCUUUUCUAAAUGAAUAUUAUCCUUAUAUAUGUCCCAAAUGUUAUAGAUUAUUAUAUGAUCCACUUCAUUAUUUUAAUAUUAAAAGUGUUUAGUGUAUUGAAAAUAUUAAUGAUAUUAAUAUAUUUAAUAAUUUACUAAGAGAACAUUUAAAGAUGAAUAUGACUGGAUAUGUUUUUAUGAUAUCCGAAUUUUUUGGUGAAGAUUUAGAAAAAUAUAUAUAUAAUAUACACAAUAACAAAACAUAUAAAUUUAAAAAAAAUGACAAAAAGAAAAUUAUGCUUAAAAGUCUAAAAUUAAUUAAUAGUUUACAUGAAGUACGAAUUCGUCAUUUGGAUUUCUUAUUAGAUAAUAUAUUAAUAAAAAAAAAUGGAAAUAUGCGUUUGUGUGACUUUUUUAAAAGUACACCAAAGUAUAGCUAUUAUUUAAGGAAUACUAAGGAAAUGAAAAAUUUAUGUUUUUUCGAAUUUUGUGUACCUAGUGUUGGAAAGACUAGAUAUAUUCCCCCUGAAUGUUGGGAUUUGGUAAAGAUAUAUAUAUAUGAGAAUGUGGACUAUCCUUUUGAAUACUUAAAAUUAAUUUAUGAUGAUGAAAGAAAGAAACGAUAUUAUUUUGAUGUUAGUUGUGUAGAUAAAUAUAUGCUUGUUAUUCUUUUUAUAGCAAUUUUGCAUAAUGGUAAUUUGUGGUACAAAUCAGAUACAUUACAGGAUAAGGAUUAUUUAAAAUACUGAAAGUCUAAUAUGAACUUUAAUAAAUUAUGGACUACCUUUUUUUGGCCUCAAGAAUUGAAAAUAAUACUAAGGUAACUAUUAGAUCUAGAAUGUCGAAAGAAUCUUAAUUUAAAAGAUUUUAUUUCUAAUCUAUGGUUCAAGAAAUAG